GAGCUGACAAGAGAAAAAAUUUGACCCGCUAUCAAUGAUGUCCGAACAAAUACGUGGCGUUUUCAGACACAACAUACUCGCCACGUGGCACGCAGCCGUGUUUCCCCGCGAUCACAUACUUCACAUUCCCCAACGCACAAUUCCUCACACUCUCUCUCUCUAAAAUCACAUACUUCACAUUCCCCAACGCACAAUUCCUCACACUCUCUCUCUAAACAUCUCCUAGACACACUCUCUCUCUACACGCAUGACGGCUUGAACAAUUUGGUGAAUUCUCAGCAAGUUAGCAAAGUUCUCUAAGUUAUACAUACAAUUUUGCUGGUUAGAUUGUGCUUCAUGUAUGUUAUUUCAUGUUUUGAAAUGAUUGUGCACGUUAAAUUUUAGUUAUAAUUAAGUACGAUUACUGCUCGUUGACAAGACUCGAACUCUCGACAUCUUGGUUUUAUGACAAUGAGGGACCCGCCUGGGAUUUUGCUUGUAAGAAGAUUUAGAGGUAGGGAUUGGAGUGUAGACACGUAUAGGUAUGUUGUGUUGUUGGUUACAUUUAUAGCUUAUACUUCUUAUCAUGCUUCGAGAAAGCCUAGUAGUAUUGUCAAGAGUGUGUUGCAUUCGGAUAAUUUGGGGGGGAGGGGUAGGAAUGCGUAUCCGUGGCCGGUUGGGGAGGUUUUUAGUAAGAGGGAAUUGGGGGGGUUGGAGGGGAAUGUGGGUGAAGGAAAGGGUUGGGCUCCGUUUGAUGGUGAAGAUGGUACGUCGAAGUUGGGGGAAAUUGAUGUUGCGUUUCUUGCUUGUUAUUCAAUUGGGAUGUAUGUUGCGGGUCAUUUAGGGGAUACGUUGGAUUUGCGGUUGUUUUUGACGGGUGGGAUGGUUGGAAGUGGUGUGUUUGUUGGGCUUUUUGGGAUAGGUUAUUUUUGGAAUGUUCAUGUGUUUUGGUUUUAUUUGGUUAUGCAAAUGGUUGCGGGGUUGUUUCAAGCAACGGGCUGGCCAUCGGUUGUGGCAGUUAUUGGGAAUUGGUUUGGGAAACGAAAGAGAGGGUUGAUAAUGGGGAUCUGGAAUGCUCAUACGUCUGUUGGGAAUAUUAGUGGCUCUUUGCUUGCUGCGAGUGUUUUGGAGUAUGGGUGGGGUUGGUCUUUCAUUGUUCCAGGUGCUUUUAUCUUUAUUGGAGGUAUAAUUGUGUACUUGUUCUUGGCUGCUUAUCCCGAAGACGUUGGUUUUCCGUUCCUAAAUGGUUCAGGUGAAAAUAACGCAGCAAUACCUGCUGAUGUAGAAGCUUUACAGAAUGAGUCUAAGCCUAAGGGGACCAAAGAGGAUAAUACAGCCCUGCAGUCCGCUUCAGGAAGCAGGAGAAGCAUAAAACUUAGUGAAGCUUGUAUGAUACCUGGAGUUAUACCAUUUGCGUUAUGUUUAUUUUUCUCGAAGCUGGUGGCGUACACAUUUCUCUACUGGCUACCAUUUUAUCUGAGUUGUACAGCUAUUGGCGGGGAGUAUAUGUCAGUGAAAUCAGCUGGAAAUCUUUCUACAUUGUUUGAUGUAGGUGGGAUUGUUGGUGGGAUAUUAGCUGGUUACAUAUCGGAUAAACUAAAGGCACGGGCUACAACAGCAGCGACCUUUAUGUAUGCGGCAAUUCCUUCAAUGAUACUGUACCACAUUUAUGGGAAUGCAUCAACAACUAUGAACAUUUUACUCAUGAUGACUACUGGAUUAUUUGUGAAUGGGCCCUAUGCGCUUAUAACAACUGCAGUGUCUGCAGAUCUUGGUACACAUAGCUCUGUUAGAGGUGAUUCUCGAGCUCUGGCAACAGUAACAGCAAUCAUUGAUGGUACUGGAUCACUUGGUGCUGCUUUGGGUCCACUUUUGACUGGGUUUUUAUCGACAAAAGGGUGGCAUUUUGUUUUUGGGAUGUUGAGUCUGGGUGCUCUUAUUGCUGGCCUCCUCUUAUCUCGUUUGGUCAUAGCUGAAAUUGCAGAAAGAGCAAAAAAACCUGCGGUUUCUGGACAACACUAUCCUGGAGCUGAUGCAUCUGAACCGCUUUUACAUGACCAAAGGUGAUAAUACUGAUCGCCUAUGGCAGCUGCUGUAUCAGAGUUUAACAUCGCACAUCUCGAUUCUCCACUGGUACAGCAAGAAGUUCGAUUACAGAGAUAGAGAUGGAAUACAGAAUCCUGAAGUGGAUCAUAAUAGCACGAUAUGAGAGACUGUGUAAUAUACCAUGCAAUGAAGCAUCCCGUCACAUGCGCAUCAACGACAUCAACUAGAGAAAUCGCGUCCAGCAAUGAAAUGUUUAUGCCACGAGUUCGACUCAAACUCGAACAAGUAAUUUCAAGUAGAUUCAUGGUUUUUCAUUUUAGACAUGUGCCUUCGCAAGAAAAAAUAGAUAUCAAAUUCGAACUCCUUUACUAGAAACUCAGACUCGAAAUUGUGGGGCUUUCAUUUGAAGUGUGGUAUGUAAUAUCUUCUAUGUACAAAACCUGAAAAGUCUAUGUUUGUGUGUGGUUUGAGAAAUAUAUAUUUGU